AUGGAAGAAUCCACCAAAGUGAAAGGGAAGAGAACCAAGCGGAAAAGGAAUCACCUUUUGCCCCCUGUAGUGUCGUCUAUAUUGUCCUCAACACCCUCCGUGGAGAUCUCUGAGAGCAUAACUGAGGAAGAAGAAGACACGGCUAAUUGUCUCUUACUCUUUGUUGGAGGUCGCUACAAUCCAAAGCCCAACGAAAUGGACGAAGCAAACAUGGCCGUGAACAUUACGAGCCAACAAUGCAAGGCUGGAAAUAAUGUCCACCAAUGUCGGGAUUGCAAUAAGUGUUUUUCCUCACACCAGGCGCUUGGUGGGCAUCGUGUCAGCCAUAAUAAAAAAUCGAGGCUUUCGAUUCCCCUCGUGUCGGAGGCGAUGAAUGUAAAUUCAAUUCAAUUGAGCAUUAACUCGUUUUCUUCGCCAGCCACGAUUGAGGUUAAAAUCCACAAAUGCUGGGUCUGUGAGAUGGAGUUCAGUUCCGGUCAGGCUCUCGGCGGACAUAUGCGAAAGCACCGCCCACCGACUUCAACUGAGCCAGCGAAGAAGGAUAAUUUUAAGAGAUUUUUUCUGGAUCUUAAUCUUCCACCUCCUUGCGAUGAUUAA